CUCCUCCUUGCUUCCUCUCUACCCUUCAAUCUUCUCUCUCUCUCUUAUGGUUUCUCUGACUUGUGGCCUGUACGGAGAGAGAUCAACCAUGGAAGCUGCACCACCUCAAGAGGAAGUCAUCACCACAGCCUCCAACAAAGAGCAAUCCCUCGUCGUCAAGGGAAAGCGGACCAAGCGCCAAAGGCCACAGUCACCCCUCCCUUUUGCCGCCAUCGCCACUAACUCCUCCGCAGGAAACAGUGGCGGUUCCAGCGACAACGAUGACAACCCCCACCACCACAACCACAACCACCGCCACCAUAACCAAAACGACAAGCACUCGCAGUCUCCAGUCACCUCAGUCGAGAAUAUUCAAGGCAGCGCAGAGAAAGAGGAUCAAGACAUGGCCAACUGCCUAAUCCUCCUCGCUCAAGGCCAAUCCCGGCGCUCAUCGCCUACGCCACCGAAACAAGUAGAGUCUCCUCCGCCUCCUCCUCCUCCCCCUACUGAUGCCUCCGCCACGGCCAUCGAAGACGGAGGUGGCCUCGCGGCUUACAAUAAGCACAGCAACAGGAAAUUCUUAGAAGCUACGCAAGCGGCCGCCGCCGUAAAUAAGGCCGGCGCAGGGUAUAAUAAUUAUGCGUACGAAUGCAAGACUUGUAACCGAAGUUUCCCUUCUUUUCAAGCGCUCGGCGGCCACCGUGCCAGCCACAAGAAGCCGAAGAUCAUGGUGGCUGAUCAGACGGCGGAGAAUAAAAGGAAUCACUUGUUUGGAUCGCCAUCCGACGACGAAGAUCAAACGCAAUUCAAAACCAGUAACAAUAACAACAAUAAUUCGUCAACGGCGCUUUCUCUUCAACUGAGUAAUAACAGGAGUAGUACUAUUAAUAGUAACAAUAAUAAUUUGUACGGAAGCACUAAUUUCGUCAACAAGGCGAGUAAGGUCCACGAGUGCUCCAUUUGCGGCGCCGAGUUCACGUCCGGCCAAGCUUUAGGCGGCCACAUGAGGCGCCACCGUGCACCGGUGGCUGGUUCAACGACAAGUACGGCCUUGUCGUUGACUACUAGUGCUAAUAUUCCUCCUACUACUACUACUCAAUUGAUGUCGUUGGAUCAUCAUCAUCAACCCCAACACCAGUCUGAUCUUGAUCACGAACAACGACAACAACGACAACACCAUCGUCUUCAUCAACAUCAACAACACCAGACUAACAAAACAAGAAGCGUGCUGUCGUUGGAUUUGGAUCUCAAUCUUCCGGCGCCCGAGGACGAUCAACGGGAACCGAAAUUCGGCUUCGUUGCGAAGCAACAACAGCAGAAGCAACAGCAGCAGCAGCAACAACAAUCGUCCACACUUGUCUUCUCCGCCCCGGCUUUGGUGGAUUGUCAUUACUAAGAAGAAGAAGAAAAAGAAAAAGGUUACGAAUUUAUUUUUUAUGUUUAAAUAUUUUUUUUUCAUCAACGUUUGUGUCCCACGAUUGAUCUUUAAGUCUCAUUAUAUGUGAAUUACUAUACCGUAAAAAUUUUUAUUACUUCUUUUUUUUGUUUUUUGGGGACACUUUUUCUCAAUUUCAAAGUUAUAAGAUUCUUUUAAUUCUUUUAAGUUGAUGAUCAUAUUGUUGAUGGGCAAAUUGUUGCUAUUACACAUGGAGAACUUUCUCCACUUUAUUUUUCUUUAUUUGUUCAUAGCAAACACUCAAAUUGUGUAUUAUGAAAGGCUCAAUUGGCCAAUUCAUGAAAAGUGUAUGAUGGGGCAUCUUUUUUUAAUGCUUCUCGAUCAAUUAGUAUUUUAGUUUUUUUUAAAAAAAAAUACCAAUUGGGUAUUGUUCAUUCUUUCAUUUUAGCUUCUAUGAUAGAAAAUAACAAUUUUCGAAAAAGAAAUAAAAAAAAAGUUCCAUUGUUUCAAUUACAAGAAAGCCAGCUGCUUUCUCUCUCUGAUGUAAGUGACAAGAAUACAAUAAAAAAGUACAGUGAAAGGCAGUGAGUUUACUGCAAUUCCCACAUGAA